UCAGUGAUAAUUCUCACUUAAACGUGUCGCCACGCAAAUCGUCACUUGUGCUAUUUAAUUAUUCAUCGUAGCGUGACAGUACGAGAGCGGGUUUCGAUCAAGAAACAAUAAUGCCUGGAUACAAAUGGGUUAGAUGGUCGUCCUAUGCCGACCGUAACAUGAUGAUCUCCAUCGGCAGGGACCUGGACGGUAUGAAUCUCCUCGUAGGUCGUGCUAUGCACCAGGGUGAUAUGCUGCCGGCGAAAGUGAAGCCAGAUCAUGGAGUUGCCUACGUUUGCCACGGAGGUGCCGAGCACAUGAAACAUGACUUCGAGGUACUGAUGCCCGCCCAUUUCAAUUGGAUUCGAGCGGGUCACGGUCACGUACCGGAACAUGCGGUGGAGGCCGGGAGGACUGCAAACGGGGAAAUGCUCUACGUCGGCCGUACUUAUCACAAUGGUGCACCCUGCGUAGGAAAGAUCCAAAGAAGUCACGGUGUUAUGUACAUUCCGUUCGAUGGAAAGGAAAUACCAUACAGGGAGUAUGAAGUCUUGGUGCAAUCUUAAAUCUUAUCUACAAUUAUUUACUUAUAGAAACACUUUACUUGGAAUUGUCGUGAUUGACAAAUAACGGACGAUUUAUGAUUGUAGGAGAAAUAAUUUUUAAAUAUAUUUUAGGAUUAAACACAUUUUACGUUGUGUUAACAAAUAUAUAUGAUCGAAACAUUUUGCUUAA